AUGAAAAAUGAGAGGAGAACGAAAGUAAAGUGCCAAAAAAAUUUAUUUAUUUUUUUCUCUCCUAGUGUCCGGCAUAAUUUUUUUAUUUUAUUUUUUAUUUAUUCAUUUUUCUCCCUAUUGGUUUCAGGAGGAACGGAAGAAAAAAUUUUUUCGUUUUCCCUUGGCCAAUGAAGAAUUUAAAAAAUUAUUAAUAAGAAUAAGAGAGAUUGGGGCCUAAUUGUGACUCUUUAGUUGAGAUAGAGGGGAGAGGAUAGAGGGGAGUAGAUCAGUCAUCCGGAAAAAGUAACUCGAACAGACGGCAUCUCUUGAUUUGAAAUAAAAAAUGGCAUUUUUAUUUAAGGACAGAAAAUUAUAGUUGGGGGUAGUUUUUUUCUUCGCUUUUCUUUUCUUCAAUUUUUUCUUC